AUGCCUUCGCAGGAACAGGUUCCCCAGCAGCAGCAGCCCAUGGCUGCCACCAACCCCCAGGUUGAAGCUGCCCGCCCCAGCAGCGAACAGCCCCGCCCUGCUGAGCCCAUGAGCGUCGGUCUUCGUGGUGGCCACAACGGCGAGGGUGAGGCUAUCUGCUGUGGUCUCUGCGCCGGCCUUUGCUGCUUCGAGUGCUGCGAGUGCUGCUGCUAA